GUGAGUGAGAGAGAGCGAGAGAGAAAAAAAACUCAUGCAGUCUCUCAGAUCUUGGCUGUGGUGAGGACACCCAGGAGAGGUACAUUCCUGAGGCAGCCAGCGAGCAAACGAAGAAAAGGCAGAGAGAGAGAGAGAGAGAGAGAGAGGGAGAGCGGGGAAGCAGCAGCGACAGCCUUUCUAAUCUCCUGCGUCCACGUCUGACUGCCUCUGACCUCCGCUGGACUCACACACUCCUCACACACAUACCCACUUGCUUCCUCACACACCAGCCGCUCAACCUGCUCUGCUGCUCUGUCAGAGGAAAGGAUUUCCUUGAGUGAGGAAAGAGACACAGACAGGAAAAAAAAGACAAACAGAAAGAUAAAGGGAGAAAAGAGAAAAGGCGCUGAAGAGAAGGGAACGAUCCCCCCACCUGAGUCAUUGCCAUGCAGCGUUGAGCUGAAUCAAGCCGAGCAGACCUGAACUGAUCUGAAGACCACCUUUAGCCUUCACCCUGCCUGGUCCCAGAUGGAGUUAAAAGUGUGGGUGGAUGGUGUGGUGCGGGUUGUAUGUGGCCUGUCAGAGGAGACUUCCUGUCAGGAUGUGGUCAUUGCUCUGGCCCAGGCCAUUGGUCAGACAGGCCGUUAUGUUCUGAUCCAGCGUCUUAGGGACACAGAGAGGCAGCUGCUGGCCACAGAGAGGCCUCUGGAGUCUCUGGCCAAGCUAGGCCAACAUGGCAGCGAAGUUCAGUUCUUUCUGCGCCGCACUGGCCCUAGCAGCAGUGACGGGCCUGGGUCUAAACAAGACAGAACAACCCCUCUCCCUCUGCCCAAGCAUCCAGAGCCAGAGCCUUCCAAACGCAGCCAGCCCAAGAAGUCCCUCACCUUCAACCUGGGGCCAUCCACAUCUCCAAGAACCAAAGUCAAACAGUUCAGGGGGUCUCCUCGAGACUCUCCAGAACAAAGAGCCUCCCCCUCCCCUUCUCCAAGUCCUGUAUACCCUCAUGCUCCAUCCCCUUCUCCCUCACCACCUGCAGGCCCGUCUAAAGAGGAGGUCUUUCGGCAGGUUCUUCAACAGCAGGAAAGACUGAGGGCCAUUGAAGCCCAGUUAGAAACCCUAGAGAGGGAUUCACGUGCCUGGGAGCGUCCCUCGCCUUCUCCCUGUCCCUCACCAGUCUCUGAUCAGCGCCUUCAGGAAGAGAUGGAUGCUCUGGAGCAAGCACUCCGGAGGAACCAGGCGGAGCUGGCCCAUGAGCAGUAUUGGGAGGAUGAGCUAAAAGCCGAGGUGGAGAGGGAGCGAGGAAUGAGGAGGAGGCUAGGGGAGCUUCAUGCCAAGAUGGAUGACUGUGGACGGCGGCUCCAUGAGUUCUCGGUCCGCUCGGCUCAGCUGGAGCAAGAGAUCCAACGGGAGAGUAUGGCAGAUGGGCUCCAAGCUGGGAGAGCCAACGGGCCUGAUGAGUCCAUUGAUGCUGUGAAGGCAGAGCUCCAGAGCCAGGAGAAGCAUGAGGCAGAGCUGGAGGAGCAGCUAUCUGAGACUGAAAAGGCUCUGGGCAAGGCAGAGUCUCUGCUGCAGGCCAAGCAGGAGGAGCUGGAGGAGCUCAAUAAGGAGCUGAGGCAAUGUAACCUGCAGCAGUUUAUUCAACAGACAGGUGUCCUGCCAGCACACACCCACUCACGCACAGAGCUUCAGGAGCAACUGGAGCAGCUAGAACUGGCACAUCUACUGCAGGAUGGAUACAGGAACGGAAGCCUCAGUGUAGUCCCAUUGGAAUCACUGCCUCGCCCCACUGCCAAACAGUUCCUGGGACAUCCACGCAACCUGCAGAACCCUCUGGUGUCCAGUCUCAACCCUGAGGUCCUGACAUCCCGAGAGUCGUCAUGGAGAUAAAACAUGGACCACAGGGCCAAGGGAAACUUGUUCACUGUUCUGUCACCGUCACCUCAUAUUUAACCCCUUUCUUUGUAACUAUUAUCAUUAUCCAAUCUAUCAUUAUAUACAUACUGUAUAUACAUAUGACAAAUAUAUUUACAGCAUUUUGCUACUGUAAACACUGCAAAGUAUAUGUAUGAAUUGUAAAAUAAUUUAGGAAACUUUUACCUAGAGCAAUUAUUAUUAUGACUGUGUAUUUAAGUAUAAUAAAAAACUGUGCAUUGUGUUUUAGGUAA